CACUUCUGAGUUGAUCAAACAGAGAGUAUGAUCAGUGAAGAUGGAGAGCUAUCUAACACUCAUUUUUUUGUCUUCUGUGCUCAGACUCGCCACAGCUGGAAACGUGAGGCUGGUGGGUGGUAGUAAUUCCUGUGCUGGUCGAGUGGAGGUUUAUUAUAAUGAAGAAUGGGGAACCGUGUGUGAUGAUCUCUGGGGUUUGACCAACACUGCAGUGGUGUGUAGAGAGCUCGGCUGUGAUUAUACUUCAGAUACAAUGCGUGUUGCUCACUUUGGACCAGGAUCAGGAAGAAUCUGGCUGGAUAAUGUGGGAUGUAGUGGGUCAGAGCCCUCUGUGUUUAAUUGCCCAAAACUAAAGAUUGGUGAACAUGACUGUAAACAUACUCAAGAUGUUGGGGUUAUCUGCUCAGAUUUAGGAAUCAGGCUGGUUGGAGGUUCUCGCUGUUCUGGAAGACUAGAGGUGCCUCAUGGGAACACAUGGUACACAGUGUGUGCUGCUGCCUUUGACCAGCAGGAUGCAGAGGUUGUGUGUAGAGAGCUGGGCUGUGGGGCUCCUGUACAGGUGCUGGGAGAAGAUGCUUUUGGAAAAGGAGACGCUCAGAUGUGGACACAAGAGCUUCAGUGCAGAGGAGAUGAAUAUCAGAUUGCUUUCUGUCCAGUAUCAUCUUCAAGCAGCAAUUGCCCCCAUGACAAUGAUGUUGAACUUGUGUGUUCUGAAACAUUGAGAUUAGUAGGUUAUGGCAGUUCCUGUGCUGGUAGAGUGGAAGUUCUUCAUGAUGGUCAGUGGGGAACAGUAAGUGAUUAUGGCUGGGAGAUGGCUGAUGCUGCAGUGGUGUGUAGAGAGCUGGACUGUGGAGAGGCUGUAGCUGCACCUAAGCAUGCCUACUUUGGCCAGGGAAAAGGACCAGUCUGGAUUAUUAAUGUGAUGUGUACUGGAGUAGAGUCUGCACUGAAGAACUGUGGAGCACAUGAUUGGGGAAAACAUGCUAAUUAUGCUAAUCAUGCUGAUGAUGCUGGUGUCAUCUGCUCUGGUAAGUUCUCCUAGACAAACAAAAGUUCUUGUGAAAACUCUUUUUAUUAUUCUGUUUCAUCUUACUGCCAAAGCUUUGAGAAAGUUUUAUAUUUUCAAAUCAUGUUGCUAAUUGUAAUU